UUACAGCUGCCUGUCAGGAGGAGGUUUCAGCAGCAAUUAAACAGAAAAAAAGUACUGAUACAAGAUCAUUGCAGAGUAGUUGUUAAUCAUUUGAUAUCAAGAUGUUCAGAGGAAUCUUCUGGGGAUUUUUGGAUGUAAUGCUGGCAGGCCGCCUGCUGUGGUCGACCACAGGCCUGCUGAUGGUGGAUCAGCACAGAGAUGCAGAGGAGGACCAGGAGCGCAACAAAGCCAUCUUGGAAAUGCUACAUAUUAAUAAAGUGUCUGCGAACCAUCAGGCCAAGCCACAUCCUUACAUGAGGGAGAUAUAUCAGCGUUUGGACUCACUGGAGGUUCAGGACUUUGCAAGUUCAGAUGGAACGCUGGUGCAGAGUUUGCGGAGUGUUGUUGGUCCACAUUAUGCUCGUCCAGGGUGGAUCUGGUUCAACGUCAGCAGCCUGAAUCCCCCAAUGCUUGGGGCAGAGUUGGUUCUGUUCAGGAAGACCCUGCACCCCCGCCCCAUCAGUGUGACUGUGACCCUGCACAGUGUAACAGCCUGGCAGGGAGCUUUGAAGGAGAGUCCGGCCCUGGAGGAGAGAUUGCUGACCCUGGACCAGAGAUCCUCAUCUGGAUAUGAUGUGUUUGAUGUCUCAGCUGUUCUGCCUGUGAAGCUUCUGGGGGGGGUGGGCUUUCAGCUGCAUUAUACAGACGAGAGUGGGAGUCUGGUCCUCCAUGAAGCACUAACACAAAGUCUUUACUGUUUAAACAGAGGAUCCCUGAGGGAACCCUUGCUGGUGCUUUACCAGUCAGCCCCCCUACACAUUUAACGCUGUGACCACUGUUAGUGUGAAGCUGAUCACUAAACAAUUCACCCCUUAUACGGUGGCUUUGCAAACUGUUUGAGCACAAAAGUAGCAGGAUGUAAUACAGUUCUAUAUAAUAGUCAAAAGUAUUCUUUAGGGCUCUUCAAAUGUGCAUUUGUAAGGAUGUGUGCUUUUCUUUAAAUAAUGCAGCCUUUUUAAAAAUUAUUAUGUUUUUUUAAUUAUUAUUAUUGUUAUUAAUCACUAGUACCAGAACAACAUUUCAUAUGUCAUCUUUUUUUCUGAAAGGUUCUACCGGAUGUGUUCGUGCUUUUUCUGUCUGACUGAAUCAUGAUGUUGCUUUUUUAAAUCAUGGGAGUAUACUGCCCUCUAGUGGA